CUGAAACCCAAACUGUGGCCCAAAACAAAACCCAGGACUCAAAUAAAAGGGACGAAAACGAAUAGACUGCGAGAAAAUCCCAGGCCAGCAAGUCCCAGCUCCUUCUUCUUCUUCUCCAAAUCGGCUGCAGUAUGAGUAGCGCCAUUAACGAUGCCACCUCGCCUUCCUUCUUCUCCAACAAAUCCGCAAAGAUCUUCGUCGCCGGCCACCGCGGCCUGGUGGGCUCCGCCAUCGUCCGCAAGCUCCAAUCCCUAGGCUUCACCAACCUCGUCCUCCGCACCCACGCCGACCUCGACCUCACGCGCCAGAACGACGUCGAGUCCUUCUUCGCCGCCGAGAAGCCCCAAUUCGUAAUCCUCGCCGCGGCUAAAGUGGGCGGCAUCCACGCCAACAACACCUACCCGGCUGACUUCAUCUCCCUCAACCUCCAAAUCCAGACGAACGUCAUCGACGCCGCGCACCGAUUCGGAGUCACCAAGCUCCUCUUCCUCGGCUCCUCUUGCAUUUACCCCAAGUUCGCGCCCCAGCCCAUCCCUGAAUCCGCGCUCUUAACGGGCCCACUCGAGCCCACCAACGAGUGGUACGCCAUUGCCAAGAUCGCCGGCAUCAAGAUGUGCCAGGCUUACCGGAUUCAGCACAACUGGGACGCCAUUUCCGGCAUGCCUACCAACCUGUAUGGCCCGCACGACAACUUCCACCCCGAGAAUUCGCACGUGCUGCCGGCAUUGAUGAGGCGAUUUCACGAGGCCAAGGUCAAUGGUGCCAAAGAGGUGGUGGUGUGGGGGACUGGAAGCCCCUUGAGGGAGUUUCUGCACGUGGAUGAUCUCGCCGAUGCGGUGGUGUUCUUGAUGGGAAGUUACAGUGGGUUGGAGCAUGUCAAUGUGGGUAGUGGAAAGGAGGUCACUAUUAAGGAGCUGGCGGAAUUGGUCAAGGAAGUUGUGGGGUUUCAAGGUCAGCUUGUUUGGGACUCGUCCAAGCCCGAUGGAACUCCCAGGAAGCUCAUGGAUAGCUCCAAGCUCGCCGGAUUGGGUUGGACCCCGAAGAUCUCACUCAAGGAAGGGCUGGUUGGUACCUACAAGUGGUACUUGGAGAAUGUCAAGCAAUGAUAAAUGCAGGUGAUUUGCAUGGAAUGUGAGUUUUUUCCCUUUAUCAUGAGCUAUCAAUUGUUACUGUGUGGUGCUUAGUUCGAUCUUGUUGUUACAGUUUACAUCCAAAGCCUAUGUCGGAUUGUGUAUCGAUUAUGUGGAAUAAGUUAUUUGUGAAUGAUCUUGAAGAAGAGUACUAGAACCAAUUGAGAUAUUGUUGUACGACUUCAAACAGAUUAAGCCAUUUAAAACUAUUGAAUAUAUUAGUGCUUUUACUUGGUGCUUU